CUCGCAUCGCAUGGGGUAAACAUCGUACGUCUCGAUCAUCAGGUAGACGUCAGUGCACCUGUAGGCAUAUUUCCCAUUUGUUUUUCGCAGACGGCUGGUUAUUUACACAAACUUUAAAGGCACAGUGAAUCUUCUCAUGGACUACUACAAGUGUGUUACUAAAUUUAAAAAAAAUCGGAAGAAAAUUGGAGGAUUUAAUCGAUUAGGAAUUUUAUUGAAGAGGAAAUCAAAAAUGAAAGUUAAAGAAGAAGAAAUAGAUGAAAUUAGACCAAAGUGGGAUGGAAGAUGAUGUUUAUCGUUAAACGAAAAAGAGGUGGAGAAAAGUCAUGAAGAUCAAAGUCGAUGGCAUUGGUAAAGAAUGGAGCGGAGACUAUCGUGGUGCACGAUAGCGAUAUUAUUUGUAUUGCUAUUCGUAACGAGCGAGGCUCUGCGUGGACAAACUUCCCAGGUGGAAGAGCAGAGAUCGCAAACGUUUGGUAACCGAGGUACAGCAAAAUUCGAUGGAAAAUUAUUAGAUAAAUAUGAAACUACCAGUGCAGCAUCUUCGUUACGUUCGAGAUCAAAUCGUGAAAGGAAGGGAGAAACUCGAAGAGUAUCUAACAACGACAGACAAGUUUCAAGAAAUUCUGACAAUGUUAAAGAAUCUUUUGGAUCGAGAGAUCGAAGUGUUGCUGAUAAGAAGAAUAAUCCUGAACAAUUAACUGAUUCGAGAGCAAGAUCAUCGAGAAGAAACGAAAGAAGAUAUUUACCUGAACAAAAUCAAAAACAAAUCUCAAGAAGAAUCGAUCAGGAAGCAACGUUAGAAGCACCAAGGUUAAGAAAAGAGAACAAUGCAUCUCGUAGAGUCUCAUCUAAAGUAGAAUCCAUUAAAAAGGGUAAUGAUCAACAGUUAAAUGUUAACACUGGACCAUCGGUAUUUUCUGGGACUACAGAAAACUCAAGAUCAAGAACUGGUAGGAAGAUACAUACGAGUUAUACGGAUAAAGAAUUGAAAAAAGAAUUACCAGUUAGUAGGAGAUUCAAUUCUGAAAGUUCGACAAAUAGUACAAGAAAAAAUAGUUCGUCAAGAGGAUCUAGGAAGGAUUCGGAAAGAGGAAUCAAAACUACGGAAGAUUCGAUGCAAUUGACAGAAUCUGAAAGUGUCAGGGUUGACAUACCACUCAUUUUGGCGACUACGGAUUAUCCAAAACUUACGACUGUGAUCAAUGAUCCUGCUGAGAAUCAAUAUUCUUCAUCAAGAUCUUCAUCUAGGAAUGCUGAAAGACGAAAUGACGAUCGUGAAUAUUCUAGAUCGAAUAUAAAAGAUUCGAGGAAUUCUGAUAGAACGAAAAAUCGGAGAAAAUCAAACGAUGAAGUUGCUACAUCGAAUUCGCGAUCGGUUCAAUCCAGAAGAGGAUCAUCCAAGUUCGUUGACUUUACCACGCCUGAAACCAUCGAGACUGUUACCACUCGUUCGAAAAAUAGAAACGAUGGAAGAAGUUCGAGAAAUCACGUUGACAAAAAAUCUAGAACAAGAGAUAGAAGUUUGGAUAUCGUUUCGAGAUCAAUCACAAAUGGAGUUUCAGAACAAGCAGAGAUCAAACGUAGGUCUUCUGGUGACAGGAAUUCUAGAAAUCCUGAAAUUAAAUCAAGAUCUGUAGAUACGGUUCAAGAUAAUCGUGGACGUUCUAGAGGAAGGAUCAGAGCUGAGACAACUACACCAAAAUUAAUUGAUUUUCCAACAGCUAUUCCAAUCGAAAUGACAACUGGAACGUUAGAGUACACCACACUACCGGUUCCAGAAGUUCCAAUUUCAACAACCAGAAGUACAGGACAACGAGAAUCGGCUCGUACAGUUACCGAAGGACCAUCUCGAGUUAGGUCAAGAAUUCGGGCUGUUUCUCAAGGAGGAAGAAAUUCCACGAAGGAAGAUUAUUUUAAUCAUGGUUUAGGAUUUAGAGGUAGAAAAUUUCCAACCGAUGAAAUAACCUCCAGCCCGAAUAAACCGAUAAAGACAUCUUCUACACAAGUUCGUGGUAAUCCUGGCUGGACACUAAGAAGAAGACCUGGUCAUUUAGAUAAGAUCGAAACUUCUUCAUCGAAUAGUACUACUGUUAAAGAACAGACCAAUGAAAUUAUUUCUGUUGAUGAUAAAUCGAUUAAUACAGAAUCUACAACUAUCGUUCCAACUACCAGAAGAGGAUCGAAGAAGUUAAAAAUUGAUGAAUCAACAACUUCUACUGUGGCGAGUACAACGAAAAAUCAAAAUCCAAGAAGAGGCAGCAGCAAAAUUGUUGAACAAAUAAAUCCUGUUAAAGAUUCCGAAGAGAGUGAUAAUUAUCCUCCUGAUUUCAAAGCAAGAUUAUCACAAUUGAAAAAUUCUAAUCCCAAAAUUGCUGUUACCAAGAGUAGUACCCCAAGAACUAGUACAGAGGAUUCCUCUAAGGAGAUGGAUAAUUUCUUCAAUAUGAUCAGGGGAAAGAAAUCAUCGUCUACCUUAUUCUCAGAAAGAUCAAAAAUGAAAUUGGAAUUAGCUAGGAGAUUGGUGAAGCCUGAAUUGAACGAUCAAGAAAAUGUUUUGGAUUUGACUGGCAAAUCUAAAACAACUGACAUGCCGAUUGCUGAAGAAACGAAGAAGGUUGACAAAUUAGUAGCUAAAGUUAGUAAGACCAGUCGAAUGGAUGAUCAACGUAAAUUGGAUAAGCUUGAGGAAAAUUCAUCUCGUCAAAAAAAGGGAAGAAUUAUAUCUGAGAGAACAGUAACGUCGAUAUCGGUUCAAGAUGAUACACCAAAUUAUGUUGUCGAAACAGUGACCAAAGUUACCGAGGAAAUCUUUUCAACUCGUAAAAGCAAAACUCAAGAUUUAUCUUCUAUUACUUCGAAACCUUUGAAAGGUUUUAAUAGUACACCUAGAAGUGCAAUCAAAGAAUUCAAAUCAAACAAUUUAUUAGCUAGACGUAAUAAAUCUUUGGAAAGAGAUUCUAACAAUGGUCUUCUUACUGAUAUUCACGUAGAUACGAGUAAGAUUAAAUCGAACAAACAACAAUCCUUUUCAAUUAUCGAGAAUGAAGAGAAUCAAACGAAGAAGCCAAGAAUGUUGAACAGCGUGACUAAAGCUAACUUUCAAACACGUUAUCCGAAAAAAUUGAUCAAAGACAAGAUCGUUGAAGAUACUAACGAGAUUCCUGAACAAACUACAUCGAGAACGUCUUCAGUUACCAGUAGAUACAGUAGAAAAAAGGUUGAUAUUUUUAAACCUUUUGAUCCUAUUCCAAAAACUAUUACAACGGUGACUUCAACGUCUUCAAAAAGACGAGAAUUUCGGCCAAGAACAGCGACUUAUCGUAGACAUUCUGAAAUACCAACGACCUCGGUACAAUCAACCAACAAGGUUGACAUUAAUUCGGGUGUAGCAAUCACACCUAAGACACCCAAGUAUCAUGCUACUUUGAAAAGUUCAACACCGACUACUCGAUCGAUACCGCAAGAACCACAAGUUAGCGUUAGGAUCAGCAACGAUACUAAUUCGAUUGAGUCUGGUAUUACCGACAGCAGCAAUGGUAAUACUGGUUCCAGCAACAUCUUCAAUCCUACUAGAAGUGCCUUUCUCAGUGGUAACAGUACUCUUCUCGAACAACUACGCAGUACUGUAGCGCCGCUUCUCAGCUCUUUGGGUAACAAAACACCGAUUUUUGCUGGAUCCUACAGCAACGUUAACAACGGAAGCUCUACUCCUAGGAUCACUCCAAGUGGAUCACCACCAAGAUUUAGUGCUAGGUACAAAGGAGCUGAAUUGUUCGUUAGAAAAUCAACGGGUUAUCAAGCAACUGUACCUUCGAUUACAAGUUCUUCAACAACUCAAAUUACUCCGAUAGAGAAUAUUGGUUCAGCACUGCCACCACCUAUUGAUAUUUCCAGUCCUGGAGAGCCCAAAUUCUUAACAUACUAUCAAGCAUUGGAAUCGGCUAGCAUCCAAAAUGAACAAGGGGAUUCUCAACAGCAACGACUUAAUGACACUGUAACUCAGGUAGACUCUAACAACGCAACUAACGGCACCAAUGGCAACGCCAAUUCUAACAAUGACACCACGAGUCCCACGAAUGUAGAGACCGCGAGCCCACAGACCCCAAACACUACCAACACCCAACCGGAUAAUCUAUCGAACGAAAACCUAAACCAGGAUAUGGAGAACCCCAGCACAGUUACCACGGAAGGUUUACCCGAGUCAUUAAAUGCAUCCACGACUGUUGAACCCCUUGAGUCAAUGAUAGAAACUAACACGACAACUACCGAGUUGUCUACUAGUGCUGCAGUUGUUGAAGAAAUGUCAACGACACAAGACAGUCCAAUUAGUACAGAUCCUGUAGAUACUUUGUCUUCUACCCCAACAAUGGAACCUACCUCUAUGAUAGUAACUUCUAUGAACGAUGCUCUUACAACUACUGUGACCCAAUCAUCGGAUUCAGUUGAGACAAUGAGUUCCAGUACAGAUGUAGUUAGUACUACGGAAUCGAUUACUAUCGAAAGUCGUUUAGUAGAUUUACCAGAGACUACAGAAGUGACUAAUAACAUGGAUACCACUCCAAUAACAAGUACAACGCAAAAUGUAGAAAAUUCCUCAGCCCCAUCGGACAGCACAACUAUCGUUCCUACCGAAUCAACAACUUCGCAGGCAUCAUCUAUCGUUUCAACGACUUCUUCCAUUGAAACGUCCACUGAAAGUAUCGAAAGUAACAUUAUAGAACAAUCCGAUGUAACUUUGAGCAGCAGUACUGAAUCGAAUGAUUUCACGUCUACUAUAAGAACAACGACUGAUCUACCAAUAGUAACGACUUUCCGUACGAGGUUGAUAGACUUUGCUCAAGACAUUUUAUCUCGUUUGCAAAGUUCUAUAGGUUUAACAACCUUACCACCAACUUUAACUACGACUCCAGCUGCAACAACCGAGAUACCAACUACAACGUCUGAUUUGGAUACAAAUAUCAUUUCGAAUAAUCCAGUUGAGAGUACUACAAUCGUUCAACAACAAGAAACCACUACAGUUUCUGACGAUAUCACAUCUGUAUCGAUGGAUGCGUCAACUCAAGAAGCAGUAGGUUUCAAUGAUUCAGAAACGAAUACUUUGGAAACUGUUGAAAUUAGUUCUACCACAGAUUCGAGCACAACAGCGAGUGCUGAAAGCUCUGAUUUAACAUUGGAUAUAGAAUUGCUAACUCAACCUGUAUCUUCUAUAAGCCUUGAGAAUGAAUCCAGUGUAAAUAUCACCACCCCAGAGAGUCCCAUUAAUUCAACAGAAAUGACUACUUUCCUACCAACGACCUUACAAGAUUCUACUUUAGAAAGCACUAUUACUGAUGCUCCUAAUGACACGUUACUCACCGAAUUAAUGACACUCGCGAAGUCCCUGUUUUCGGAAGCCAUGAACGAGACCUCCCUUCAAACUAAAUUGGACAAUAUUUCAAUCACAAUUGAUUCGGAAAGAAAUGUGGAGAAUAUUGAAAGUAGUUUGACCACUGAUUCUAGUACAACGGUGAUAAAUAUUGACAACGGGUCCCUUAAUGACAGUACUACGGAGAACGUGGCAGAGUUUUCUACCGAAGUUCUAUCAGAACAGGUAGAGACGACAACGAUCAGUUCAGAACGUGAAGAAGAGACUACUUUAGCAAUCGACCUGUCCGAAAAUGAAAUAGAAUCCACUACUCCUUUUAGCCCAACAACGAUUACAAAUACUGAAAUUGUGGACGAUAGUUUAGCUCUUAACGUAACUCAAAACGAAGUGGAAUUUAUUCAGACAAAUGAUACCAGUUUUGAAUUAGGAACAACGUUAGAAAAUGUUGAGAUUACUACUACCACUGAACCACCCAUCGAAAACGAAAUAGGAAUUGUCCCGAAUGAAGAAUUUGAGAAUAUAACUGAGAGUUCUGUAGAGAUUAUGCAGGAUGCAGAAACAACGACGGUUUCUACUGCUGAUCUUGAAUCGACGACACUCAGUUAUGAUUUUCAAUCGACCACGACCCAGACUCAGACAACUACCCUUGUAGGAAAUAUAGAUAUAUCGGUCUCAUCUACUCCAAGUAUGGUAGCAGAAUCGUUGACAACAACCACUGUGGUAAAUGAUGAUGAAUUGUCGACAAGAAAUCCUUUAGAUACUGACACUGAAAUACCUACUAGUACAACAGAAAUUACAUUAUCAUCCGCAAACAUCGAACUUUUAACUCAGUCGACUGUAAUCAAUGAUAGAAGUAGUACUAAUCUCGUUUCAACCGAGCCCAUGUCAACCACUACAAUAACAGAGCCCACAACUGCAACGGAAAUAGUAACUAAUAAUGAUGAUAUUUCAACGAGUCAAGCCCCUGAAAUAAUUAUUACCGAAACCAUAACCGAACAAGCUCUUGAUGAAUCUAUCGAAAGCAACAGAACUAACCAAACAAUUGAAAUGACUUCGACGGAAAUGGUUGUUAACGAUGCAGAGGUAACUACUAACCCACCGUUACUAACAACCGAUACAGAUUUGUUGAAUUUAACAAAUAUUACUGGGACUAUCACCACUAACCGGCCAAUCGAAACAACCACAACGAUAAUACUCACAGAUCCCUCAUUAUCUCCCCUUGAUUUCAUGAACACCACUCCAACUGAUAUUGACCGUUUGCAGGAUGCAACACCAGCAACUGCCCAAGGGACGGCAGCCUCAGGAACAAUGCAAUUCGAUCAAAUGAACGAAACCACCAUCAUUCCCUCCACCAUCAUCACAGAGUCUCCAACCACAACAACGUCAGACUCUUCCAAUUCCUUAAUCACUGAAUCCUCUUCAUCUGGUACAUCGACAUCCAUUGAUACGACAACGACGGCGACGACGACGACGACGAUAAUGACGACCAUGACACCUACAACGACUACGACGAUGACGACGACGACCAUGACUACACCAGCAUCUUCAACAACGACCGAUCGUCCACCUGAAACUACAACUGCAACUGAGUCUACAACGUCUGCCAUGCAAUCUACGGAAGAUAACAUUGAUAUAAAUGAUAAUCUUAUCUCAACCGAAGCAUCAACGAGUAUUUCCACAAUGUCAGCCUCUACUACAUUGUCUCCAGACGUUUCCAAUUCAAUAUCCAGGAUGGAUACAAACGUCGAAACAACGACAAUGGAUUUAAUGGCAGAGACAACUACAACCCCAGCUCCAAGUUCAACUGCAGCAACUACUACAACCACCGCACCGUCUACUACGUCUCAAACUAUUCCCAGUAUGCCUCAAUUAUCAUCGGAAUCUCCAGUUACCACUCAGGCGACGUUCACCAGUCCAUACGUGGGUCGAUUUGGUGGUAGCAGGCUUACUCCAGCCCCUAGAUUUAGUCCUAGCUCGUCUACCAGAGUUCCUCUACGCGAUUAUCACGUUUAUGGGAUUUAUCCUAAUAAAACGAUCGUCAGGAAACGUCCAGAAGAUAAUCUCAUCGAUGCUAGAAACGUUGACAGCCCAUACGUCAUAUUUGGUAUCUACCCUGAUGGCAGAUUGGUUCGGAAGUUCCCAAAUGGCACGAUCAUACCAGAUCCACCAAGCAAUCCGGUCGAGGUUGUCUUUUCUCUUAGCACUACAACUACCACUAACAGACCACCACCCGUGUUCUUUUAUAACCAGGCUAACCAAGGCACUUUUAAUCAAUACCAAGCCCCGAGCUAUUAUAAUAAUCGUAGACCUGUCGCCAACCUGAUGACAAAUGCCCAAAACUUUGGCACCGUUGAUUUGGGACUUACUGGUAACGCGAUCAGCGGAUCCAACGGAGGUGGAGCCGAUUUCUUGGGCCCACUUGGUACCCCCGGUAGCGUCGCGACCACAAAUACAAUGGGAUCUGGACAGAAUGGUAUCAAUGGACGUAUCUUUCAAGAUCGGCAAAGGGAUGAAGGUAGUAGAUCUAGAGAAUCUGCAGGUCAACGUAACUCGGUAUAUAUUGGACAGGACAGAUUUGUUAAUUAUUGGACUAAUGGUGCACCUAGCACCAAUCCACGUGUUGUCAGUGUCAACAUAAAUUCAGUUGCAAAUGCAGCAAGCGAAGGACCAGCAUCGUCUUCGAGAAUACCUUCCUUUGACAAUUUGUUGAAUGGUCAAUCCAAUGGUGAUCAGAUGACGGCUCCUCCAGGUUUUCUAUGGCGGGAUCCUCUGGAUCAGAUUUUUGGAAUUACCACUAAUUCUCCAAUAAUAACUGCAUCGAUUGCAUCCAAUACUUUGGAUGACUCGAAUGAAAGUAGUCCAACUUUCGAUGCACGUCCUGUAGGUCCUUUUGUUGAAGUUUUUACACCAGUUUCUGGUAUGGCGUCUUCUUCUCCUCCUACUGCUGAAAUGCCUUCGUCGACAACUACUACAACCACAACCACACCAGCUCCAACAACGACUACUACAACCACAACCACACCAGCUCCAACAACAACUACUACUACUACUACAACUACACCGGCUCCAACAACAACUACUACUACUACUACAACUACACCAACUACUACUACUACUACAACUACACCGGCUCCAACAACUACUACUACUACUACAACUACACCAGCUCCAACAACUACUACUACUACUACUACAACUACACCAGCUCCAACAACAACUACAACCACAACUACACCAGCUCCAACUACAGUAACUUUACAAGCAACAACACCAAUAAAUAUGCGAACCCAGAAUGCUUUCGGUACAACGUUUGAUGAUCUGGCAUUUUUGAACUCUCUUUUACAACCUAAUGAUGGCCCAACAACACAAAAAACUUUGAACGACGUGGAAAAGCUUUUAGCCAAUAAGAUAAUAUCUCUUGCCUUGAACAAUGCUGGACCUACUCGUUCACCAAAAGCUAUUCAAUUUGCAAAUGCAUCUCCAAAUUCAAUAGAAGUGUCACCAGUAACUGAAGCAUCGUCAUCCGCCCCGAUAAUCAUCGAUUUGUUACCGUCUUCUACUACUAAAGCAACAACGAUAUCUUCAUCAACAUUGAAACCAAUUAGUACGACACCUACAAUUAUUGGAAAACCUAUUAAAAUCUCCGACUUAGCUGCCAGUGCACAAACUCACAGUUCUGCGGUAUCAAGUAGUACGACUAAGUCACCAAUGAUCGUCACAGCAAAAUCUAUACCUUCCAAGCCUAAAACAACGACAUCAGCACCUGUUCAAGGAAUAGGUGCCAGUUUGUUGCAAGCACUCUUUGGUGGAAACUUUUUCGGACCUUCUACCACAGCAAGGCCUGUUAAAACUACACCUAGACCAAUCAAAACGACACCGAGAAUCGUUGAAAUCACGCAGAGACCUAUUGUAACGACUCAAUCGUCUAUCAUACCUAGAAUGGUUAACAUUUCUGACAUAACUAUUGAUACAACUAAACCAACGACAUCGACGACGACGACGACGACAACAACCACACUGAAACCAGUAACUACUACGAAACAAGUAUUACUAAACAAUCCAAAUCCUAGGCUUCCUAACGUUAUUAGUUCAACGUAUUCACCGGAAGAUGACGCUAAAUUCUUGGCAGCACUAUUUAAUUCGCUUCAGCAAUCAAAUAAGAAAAAUCAGAAACCUGGGACACCUGUUCCGACAUCAGCUCUAGAUGACGAAGCUUUCUUGAGAGCUAUUUUGUCUGGUCAAGCUAAAGUUCCAUUAGUUACGACUACACGAUCACCUGAAAUUAACAAUGCAGCUCUCUUGGCAGCCCUUUUGAAGGCUCAAGGCAUCGAACCAUCCACACCAGCUACUAAUCUUCGAGAACAAUUACAAUUGGCUAGUCUAGAAAAAAAUCUCGUUUCACUUCCACCAAGUACUACGAGUACUCCUCGACCAACAACCACAGCAAGACCAACCAGUACGACGGGAAGACCAUCGUCAACUUCAAGGCCAAGACUACAAACGACAACGUGGUCACCUAGCUCGACUUAUCCACCACCCCUUUUCAGUGGGUUCGCCAAUUUUGUUAAUCCACUUCAAAAUGCACAAAACAAUAAUAAUGACGUAGGAGGUGAGGGUGCACGUAAUCAAGUGGUGAACGUUGCUCUUGGUGCUACUAGAGCGUUCAGUCAGUUCCUUGGUGCUGCCAUUACGGGUGCGGCACAGCAGUUGCAAUCUUUCGUAAGAAACGGCACGAGAAUUGUAUCAGAGGCUGUUGGAUAAAAUGCAAUUAUCUUGAAAAAUUCUUAAAAUAGGCAUCGAUGAAAACAGCGUUUGAUCAUUGGACUAAGAUCUAUAAUGGACUACGAUCUAAAACUUUAUAUAGAUCAACGUAUUAACUUUAUCAGUUUAACGUGAGAAAAUAAUGUUCGACGGAAGUUUCCAACGAUGUGAUGGACGAUUUUAAUAUUUAUAUAUAUAUAUAUAUCUAUUUUAUGUUUACUUAA